AUGCAGCAAGGAAGGGCUGCCAAUGGCGGCUUACGGAAACAAUACGAUCAGCAGAUAGCAAUCGUUCCCGAGUUCACCUUGGAAUCUGGCAUCACUCUCCAGAAUGUUCCCGUCGCCUACACAACACGGGGCAAGCUCAACGACGCUGGCGACAAUGCCAUGGUUAUAUGUCACGCUCUGACCGGUAGUGCCGACGUGAGCGACUGGUGGGGUCCUUUACUCGGUGGUCCAGGGCGAGUGUUUGAUACUUCAAGAUUCUUCAUCGUUUGCAUGAACAGUCUGGGCAGUCCAUAUGGCACAGCCAGUCCGGUCACGGCAAAACAUGGCGAUGUAUCACAGGGAAAUUACGGGCCAGAAUUCCCGCUAACCACCAUCCGUGACGAUGUCAACCUCCACAAACUUCUUUUGGGUGAAUUGGGAGUGAACCAGGUUGCUGCUGUCAUUGGGGGAUCCUUGGGUGGCAUGUUUGUCCUGGAAUGGGCGUACUUUGGCAAGGACUAUAUUCGGUGUAUUGUCCCCAUCGCCACGUCAAGCCGACACAGUGCGUGGGGCAUCAGUUGGGGUGAAGCCCAACGGCAAAGUAUCUAUGCUGACCCCAAAUACGAUGAUGGAUACUAUCCAUUCGACGACCCGCCAGCAACCGGGCUGGGCGCCGCCCGUAUGGCCGCUCUAUUGACAUAUCGAAGUCGAAACUCCUUCGAAUCUCGGUUCGGCCGCAACAUUCCCGAUCCAUCCAAAGUCCAAACGAUUCGUGAGCGGCCGCGGCCUAGCACGCCUUCGGAAGCACACUUUCAUAUUCACAAUGACGGACACAACAUCAAGCGCAAGAGCACCUCUCUUCAGGGUAGUGGAUCACCCGGCAGUAAUAAAGCAACAACGCCUCCAGCAGAUGCCCCAGACCCGCAGUUUCACGGGCCUCGGAAACACGAGGGAGUCAGUAGCGAGAGCAGCCUGACCGGAGGCGAGACUCUCCCGCAGUCUCAGUAUUUUUCGGCGCAGUCAUAUCUGCGGUACCAAGGCACCAAGUUCGUCAAGCGUUUUGAUAGCAACUGCUACAUCGCAAUGACUCGCAAGCUAGACACGCACGACGUGUCAAGAGGUCGCGCGGAGACCAUCGGCGAUGCCUUGGCCAUGAUUGAGCAGCCCACUUUGGUCCUUGGCAUAGAAAGCGAUGGGCUCUUCACAUUUGCAGAGCAAGAAGAAAUUGCCGAGCACGUCAAAAAUGCCCGGCUGGAACGGAUUGAGAGCCCCGAGGGCCACGAUGCCUUCCUUCUCCAGUUCGAACAGGUCAACAACUACAUCUUGGACUUCCUCAAAGAGGUGCUGCCUGACAUCAUGAGCAAAGAGGGCCAAGCGCCAGAGGAAACCGGCGUUGGCAAGCUGACAAAGUCCAGCACCUUUGGCGAAGCGGAAGUCGAAGAUAUUACGGCAUGGUAG